AUGAAGGAAAAGUACAUAUUAUUCAUUUAUGUCCAGAUAGUUUAUUUUUUUUUGUCCUGGAAUACUGAAAAUGUAAGGGGACAGCAUGAGAGAGGAGGUAAAGUAAGUGACCUCAUAAGAAAUUUUGAAAGCCUUACAAAUGAAAACAGUACAUCUUCCAUCUCGAGUAGAAGGAAUCCGUCUGCUAUCUCGCAUGAAAGAGAUACAUCUGGUACCUCGUACUUAAGUAAUCCUUCCACUGACUUCAAUACAAACAACCCAUUCGAAAAAAAUUCUGACAAUGGAGAAAAAUUAUUAAGUAGAAGAAGGGAUCUUGAAUAUAAUGAAGGGGAAGGUCCAUCUUAUGUCAAUACGAACAGAAAAUUUUCUCCUAUGAACAAAACACAAGAGUUCACUGCUACCAAUGGUGAUGACUACGAUGACGACAGUGAUGAUUAUGAUGAUGACAAUAAAGAUUAUUUGAAGCAAAAUUAUGCACAAGAUAACUUAUCAAAAAUGUACUCGCAGCAAAGUCGCGAUGUGGAUGAUGAAUACGAAAGGACAGAUAAGAAAGAAAACUUUUAUUUAGGUAAAUCUUUUGAUAAUUUUAGGAAAAAUUUAGGACUUGGUAUAGAUGAUUUUAAACGUAAUUCAGACAUUUAUGAUAACCUAAAUAAUCGUUACAGUAACUUAUCAAAUGGAUAUGAUGGCACAGAUAUAUAUGAAGAUAUCCAGUUUUUAAGACCACAAAAUGGUGAAAAUUUUAACGCUGCUUUUAUACCUUCAAAGUUAGGCAGUAAAGCUGAAGCAGCAUAUCAGAAUUAUAAACCAUUAAAUGAAAGCAGUAGCAGUAGUACUUAUAAUGAAAAUAUAGACGAUAAGUAUAAUUAUGCAUACUCAGUUAACCCUAUAUAUAAUAGUAUUCCAAGUAAUUACCAACAUAGUGAUGAUACGAAAUAUAAGGAAUCUCCCCGUCGUUCCUCGUUAAAUUAUGGAUCACGCAGAGAUAACGCAUAUUCAGAUGUAAAUAAAAAUGAACAUAUAGAUGAAGGUGUAGAUGCAAGUGUACAUGUUCAAUCGGAGUACUCUUUACCUGUAGAUAAUAUUUCCUAUUUGCACACGUAUAGAGGGGGUAUAAAACCAAACGAUAGUGAAGACGAUUUUAGAAAAAAAUUAUCAUCACAAAAGGAAAAUGAAUCAAGAGAAUUUUAUAGUGUACUAAAAAAUUUGAAAUCUGAUGAUAGUAAUAAUAAUGAAUUAUUGAGAAGAAAUAAAGAGCAUCAAUAUGUGGCAGAAUUAAAAAGGAGAAACGAUAAAAGGAAUGGGUUCUUUCACAGGUUUAGAAAUAACAGUAAUAAUAGGAACGAAAAUAAUGACGUUACCAAUAACCGCAUAAUUGAUCGCAAUAAUGAGGUUAGAAAAAAGAGAUUCAAUUUUAAAGGAGGAAAAAGUCCAUCUAACAGUGAUUCUACACAAAAACAAAGAGAGUUCGAUAAAGUGAAUUCAAAAAAUGAAGGGAAAUCAAUAGAACCACUAAAUGUAUCAAUUUUUAAUGCAUACCAAAAUAAUUUAUUUUUAAGGAAAAUUCUUCGAUCUGCUUCUAGCAAUCCUUUGAAAAACAUAUUUAAAAGUAACAGUAAUACAGAUAACAUCAUAUCAGUAACAAAAGAACUACAAGAAGCCGCAGAACAAUGUAUAAGUAAGAAUAAAAAUAAAUUAACAAAAUCAUUGUUAAUGAAAGAGUUAGCAUUUAAUGAUGUAAAACUUUUAAAAAAUUAUGAUUAUGCAAUGUCUUAUAUUACUGUUCACUGUAAUUCGAAAAAUAAUAAUACAUGUCUAGAUAUUAAACCGAUGGCAUAUAAAGAAGAGGAUAAAAAUGCAGGAAAUGUUUUAUUUAAGUUGCCUAACACAUACAUUUUGAAUACAUUCGAAUUUAUGCUAUCAAAUACUACCAUGUGUCGCACUUUCAAAUCAGUAACAAAAAAUAAAAUAAGAGACAACAACGUGAAAGCAUCUGAUAUUAUUUUGUUAUUUUCUAAUUCUUAUUUUAAAAAUGUAAAUCCUAUGUUAGUUAAUUAUCUUAUAAAUUUUUUAACAACUAAAAAUGAAAUUUAUUUGAAGAAAUAUUACCUUGCUGUUAUGUUGACGUUUGCUCCAUUUAUUAAACCAGCAUUGAAGAUAUAUUUGGGUGAUAGAUAUAUGAAGACAAACAAAUACUUAAUGGAUACAGAGAUUCAAAAAAUCUUCACUGAUUUAUUAUUUGUUUCUUUACAAUGGAUUCAAGCAUUUCAAGAUAGAUAUUCGGAUGCAAAUAAUACGAUUAUUAUGCAUGUAUAUAAAUCAGUUACCUUUUCUAAAAAUGCAAAUGUGCUAUAUUCUGGUGUGUUCAAAUCUUUAGAACAAAUUUUAUAUCUUCAUAGGAUACGUAGCGAUAUGGAGAACAAUAAUACAGACGAGAGGCAUAAGAUGAUAGUUAGCACUAUUAUGAAAUACCUGAGGAAUGCAUAUUCCAUCUUGUACUCUUAG